AGUCGGAGCCCACCCACUGUUUCAUGUACUUUCUUUGUACAAUGUAUAAAGUUGCGUUAUUUUGCGUUUGUCAAUAAUUUAAAUUUAAUAUUUUUCUACCAAGAAACAAAUCCAAACGAAUUGUAGCAUUCAAUCAAAGAAGCUCCAGUCCGCUCCUUCCCCAUCAAAAUUCCACCACAAAGCCCAAACUCCUCCUGAUUUUCUUUUUCUUUUGUUCUCUUUUGGAUAAGUUACGAACACGAAAUUGAGGCUUAUGUUUCUCAUUUGCAAUUUUUAUUUUUUAAGUAAAACUAUUUAAAUUUAAAUGAGUUCAGAAGGGUAUUAUCAUAUCUUCUGCUGAUUCAGCGCGGUAGCUAUUGCACUCCUCAAAUGAAAUACAUAGACGAAUCUUCACGUAGAAACGAAGCAGAUGGAAGGCGUUGAUAAUUCCAUCCAAAAGGAUUAUUACAAAGUUUUGGAGGUUGAUUAUGAUGCAACUGAGGAGAAUAUCAGAUUAAAUUACCUGAGGCUUGCACUGAAGUGGCAUCCUGACAAGCACAAGGGUGACAGUGCUGUCACAGCAAAGUUCCAGGAGAUCAAUGAAGCUUACAAAGUGUUGAUUGAUCCUGAUAAACGAAUUGACUAUGAUCUAACCGGAAUCUACGAGAUUGAUAAGUAUACUUUGCGGGAAUAUCUUGCCAGAUUUAAAGGAUUGAUACUUACCUGCAAUGGGCUUGGCAUCAGUCAUUCGCCAACAAGACUUAACCUUUCGGAAACUAUAGCAAAGAAAGGCGAAACCGAACUUGGUUCAAGUGGUGACAGAGCUGUCGAUGACUACGACUGACAAUGUCUGUUCAGAUAGCUUCGACAACACUGUUUUGGGUUUUAUCUCUCCAACAGCUUUUUUUUGGAUAGAGACGAAGGAGACCAUGUUUUGUUUUAUUUUAUUUUUGAGAUGCUGCCAUGCCAUCAUUUUAUUGGAUGGUGUCAAUGACCACUUUAAAGAGGAUCCCAUUCAAAGAGGAACUCUUUUGUGAAAGAGGAAGUGAUAGCAACUGCGCUUGAAUAAUGUGAAGGUGAGGCUCCAAUGCUGGAAUCUGAAUGGGAUGUUGGAGAUCUUCUAUGAAUACCUUUUCACAGCUGUAAACAGAUAUAAUGAUGAUAUUGGGAUUAGUUCUGGCCCUCAGUUUCUGCACAUGCUUCCUAAGGUGCUGGGAACAGAAGUUGCCAACAUUUGUUAGUUAUUUCCGUGUAGAAUUUAUAUAAAUUGUUGAAGGUUUGGCAUGGUAGUUUCUCAAAAUAGAACUGUUGUCCUGGGGUGAUUGUGAACUGCAAGGAGAGGGCACCUGCCUGCAUAUCGUUGAUCUCUUUUUUGCAUUAUAAUAAACCAGUGAACCCUUGGUUCUGUACAAGUUACUGGGAUUGGAGGUGGAGACAAUUUUCUUUUAGUUUUGCGGAUAGAUUAGUAGCUGUGGCGGUGGUCCUGAGUAGCCUCUUAGGUUGAUUUGAGAUUUAAAUUUUGUGUUUAUCUGUCUGCCUUUUGUUUAGUCAAAUUACUGCACGCCUAGUGCUUCUGGCUACUUGUGGUGCUCUCCAUGAUGCCAUCUUCCCUCCACAGCACCAUUCAACAAUGUGCCCAAGCUUGAAAGGACUUUCUUGUCUUUGACCUUUUGAUUCUAUCCUUCAAGACUCCUCAAAUCUAGUAAAAAGAAUGGUUAGAUUCUAAUACUAGUUGUCCA